UUUAAGCAUUACUGGGUGACGCUCAAUUUUCAUUCUUACUACAACUGUUCGAAGCGACGUGUAAUCCUUUUCCCUUCUGUUCUGUCUUUUUGUGAGUGAUGGCGGUGACACCAGUUCUACUUCACGGGACUUUGGAGGUAACUAUUGUUCAUGAGGUCCGCCACAAUAAUCCCAACAAAACUCCCUCUAUCUGGGUUCAGUUGAUGAUAUACGUGGUGGGAUGGCUGUUGGAGCUAUUGGACUGGCUAGUUGAACGCAAUAAUACUAAACUGGAUGCAAAAAUUUAUCUGGAUGGAUUCGAAGUGGGAAGCAGGCAUAUACAAGCCCCCAUGGAUCGUAGCUGGAGAGAGCAUUUUUACUUUCAUUGUGCUCAGAUGGCGUCAAAUAUCAAAUUCGCUAUCAACGAUGUUACAAGAGAGGUUUCCGUUCAGGAUAUCUUGCAAAAUGAUGGUCAAACAUGUGAAUGGGUCCUGCAAUUGCAAGGGAUUGUUGGGCCGGCAGGUUCAAGGACCCGCGUGGUGCUGAAAUUUUUGGAUGCUAGAAAACACAGCGAAGGGAUCGGUUCAGACUUUCAUGGAGUUCGUGGCACCCACUACCCACAGAAAAAUGGAUGCAAGGUUACUCUUUACCAAGAUGCUCACAUCCCAGCUGAUUACGUCGAUAAAAUGAGCAAGGAUGGACUCGUGAAUUAUGAGCCGAAGCGAUGCUGGGAGGACAUAUUUGAUGCAAUCAAGAAAGCAGAGAAGUUCGUAUACAUUGCUGGCUGGUCUCUUUACACUGAAAUAACCCUCUUAAGGGAUCCAACAAGGAAGACAAUGGAAGAGAGACAAACUACACUUGGAGAGCUGCUCAAGAGAAAGGCAGAGAACGGACAGGUCAAAGUUGUAUUGCUCAUUUCCGAUGAUCCAACUGCGGUUGCAGGGUAUGGAGGAGUGAUGGGUAUUCGUAGCAAAGAGGCAAAGGCAUAUUUUAGAGACACUAAUGUGCAGUGCGUUUGGUGUUCUCGUCAUAAUAGUCGCGUGCUUUAUAGUCAUCACCAGAAGAUUGUGGUGGUGGACGAUAGUGAUAUUGGAGGAGGAAUAGUGAGUUUCAUUGGGGGCAUUGAUCUCUGCCGUGGAAGAUAUGAUACUCCAGACCAUUCACUUUUUAGAACCUUGCAAAAGAAUGAUGCACAUAACAAAGAUUUUCAUCAAGCCAGUUUUGUUGGUUCUAAAAUCGAAAAGGGUGGUCCUAGGGAGCCGUGGCAUGACGUGCACUGUCGCCUCGAAGGGCCUGCUGCUUGUUAUGUUUAUGACACCUUUGUGCAGAGAUGUAAGAAGGAAGGUAAAGAGGACAUCCUUGUUCCCAUGAACCAGCUUCGAGAUUUCUUCAAUUCCCCAUCCCAUGGCCACCAAGAUAAUAAUAAUAAUAAUAAGGCGUGGAAUGUUCAGGUAUUCAGAUCUAUUGAUGACAAAGCUGUUCUCGACUUCCCAAAGGCUCAUCAUAGAAACAUUACCAAAGUUGGGCCCCGGAUUUUUAGAGGCAAAUAUAAAAUAAUAGAUCAUAGCAUUGAAGAUGCCUAUAUUGAAGCUAUUAGGCGAGCAAAGAAUUUCAUCUAUAUUGAGAAUGAAUACUUCAUAGGAAGCGAUUUCGGUUGGAGUAGCAGACACAAGAAAUUUAAUGCUUCGAAUCUAAUCCCAAAGGAGAUUUCACUCAAAAUUGUUAGCAAGAUUAAAGCCAAGGAGAAGUUCGCUGUGUAUGUUGUGAUUCCAAUGUGGCCGGAGGGUGACCCUCAUGGUGACGGUUUUGUUAGGGGUGACUUUUCUACAGUCCAGGACAUGUUGCUUUUGCAGAGGAAGACAAUAGAAAUGAUGUACAAGGACAUUGUUGAAGCACUCAAACAAGAGAAAAUUAAGGAAGAUCCUCAGAGAUAUUUGUCAUUCUUCUGCCUUGGGAAUCGAGAGGUCAGAAAACAUGGUGAAUAUCAACCUCAACGAACGCCACAUAGGGAUUUGCAUUACAUGAACGCUCAGACGAGUAGGCGAUUCAUGAUUUAUGUACAUUCCAAGAUGAUGAUAGUUGAUGAUGAAUACAUAAUCAUUGGAUCUGCCAACAUCAACCACAGAUCAAUGCAAGGUGGUAGAGACACUGAGAUUGCCAUGGGAGCUUAUCAACCCUCCUAUCUGGCUAGCGGGCAAAAUGGUGCAACGGGGCAGAUCCACGGUUUCCGCAUGUCCUUGUGGUUGGAGCAUCUUGGAAUAUGUGAAAGAACCUUCAUCAACCCUGAAAGUAAAGAAUGUGUUAGUAGGGUGAACCAACUUGCUGAAAAGUAUUGGAAAUCGUAUUCUGCAGGAUCAUUUGAUACUGACCUUCCAGGCCAUCUGCUCCGCUAUCCUAUUCAAAUUUCUAACGAUGGAACUGUGCAAGAACUUCCAGGAUUCCAGUACUUCCCAGACACCUUUGCCACUAUUCUAGGGAAACAAAGUCCUCUCAUGCACAACACGUAAUCAACCAUUACCAUUCAUAUUAAAUAAUGUCCCCAGUAUAUGCUCGUGCUUUGUGCUGCAUGAGUAAUGCAUGUCUCUGUGUGCGUGUUUUUCCUAGUUAUUGUUUCUUAAACAAAGGCCCAUUUUGACAAAGAAGACAAUAUGAAUAAUCUAGUCAGUUCACUCGUCUACUUAAUUAAGUGUUGGAAUUCGAAUCUCGUCUAGUACAUGUAGUAAUCGAUUAGCCAGUAACACACUCUUAA